ACCACUAGACUAAGGUAGCUAGCAGGGAACCCGGCCCGCGGGAGACCGGAGCAGCACUACCCACUCGUAGCUUCCUUCGUACACUGCCACCACGGCACCUUGUGGCUUUGUCUACUUUGUCUAGAAUAUAAGUAAUUACUACUACCUAGUCAGUAUGGCAGAGCCUGGACUAUGGGACUUAGAACCUGAAUGUGGAAAAUCGGACCAGGAACCCGUCCCUCUCGACUCAGUUCGGGGGUCUGGUGCGAUUCUAAUUACCAUGAAGAAGAUAGUCUUUUUUCCCAUACGUCCAUAGGCAUUGUAGCCAUGGUGUCACGGCCGAGGGCAACAUCACCAGGCACGGCAACUCAAUAUUCAAAGUUACAAUGUCGCAAUGGAGACCCUCAGACUCGGAAAGUUGGGAACUGGCAAAUUGGGCAUGCGAGAGGAAAAAGGGGGUAUCGUCCAUUGCUACCUCGUCCCGUCACACGCAAAUUCCUCCAAAUAUUCACACACACACACACACACAAACACUUCCUCAUCCAUCGCCGUGUGCAAGAAUCGCAGCAUCAACCACAUGCCAAGCUACUUACUUUGACACGCAAUACAGCACAGCACCAACACGACCAACAACAGCCAGCUCUUUCUCCCUUCUCUCUAUCCAUCUCCUGCAAAUCAAUUUGGGUACCAGUACGCAAAACAAGCACUUCUCUUCCCUUUCCGUUGCCAGCGCGCCUGUAGUCAAGCAAGUGCAAUACUUGCACAUGUCUACUAGACGCGCCAACAAUUUCCAAACCCCCGUGCUGUAUAUUAAAACAAGAAACCUCGGUCCCGGCCAGGCGGGGGGUGCGAGGAGAAGCGGCCAACGAGCCUUGAGUUGCGGGGGCUGUGAGGCCGUUGACGAGCCUGCUAGCCAAACUAGACAUUUCUUUUGCCAUUUUUUGUGUGUCCUCAAAUUGCUCGUCUUUCUUCUUUUGAAAUCCGUGCUGGACAGUGUUUAGUUAUUGUUGUUAUUGUUGAGGUGCGGUGAUUGCUGGAAAUCCGUAAUGGACUCAAGCAUGGCCAGGUUCUUCUCCUGCAUGUCGCGGUCCAUGUUGUGGAUCUGAUUCGCGUUCACUCUAGCUCGUUGUAGCUGC